AUGAGAAGCUAUGGAGGACACGUUUUUCUGGGUUGCGAGGACGGGCCUAGCAGCUUCCCCCCGUCGAAUAGUCCCCCAGCCCCCACCAAUGAGCUCUUCUUUCACAAAGUCCUUCGAAGCGCUCUCCUAGCUAUCCCUCUGCUUUUCCUUCUGUCGGCCUUCGCCGGCCCCGCAUUUGCGGUCCAGCCGGACCCCCCUCCUUUGAACACCAUAAUCGUCCCCCCAGGCGGCGGGCACCUCAGCCUCGGACAGAGAAUUGCUGUCGCCCUCCGGUCUCUUGGCCUGCCGGACUGGGUCACGAUUAUCUUGGUGGCUGCCCUCCCAGUAGUAGAGCUCCGGGGUGCGAUUCCAGUUGGUUACUGGUUAGGCCUUAAACCCAUCCAGGUGUACGGGUUAGCGGUCCUUGGCAACAUGCUUCCAAUCCCCUUUGUCAUCGCUUAUGUCGGCAAGGUCUCCGACUGGCUCGUCCAGCGCAGCGGCCUUGCCAAGAAGUUCUUUGAGUGGCUCUUCAAGCGCACGCGCAGCCGGGCUGACCUUCUGGUUAAGUACAGAACCCUCGGGUUAACCUUGUUCGUGGCUGUCCCGCUGCCGCUGACUGGGGCAUGGUCUGGGGCGAUUGGGGCACAUCUUCUCGGGUUGCCAUUCUGGGAGUCGAUCGCGGCCAACCUUGCGGGGGUCAUGAUUGCUGGGGCGAUCGUGACGGCGUUGUGCGAGCUCGGCUAUGCAGGCGCAUUGAUUGCUGGAGCGGGGCUGUUCACGGCUGCCAUUGCUGCGUUCUGGACGAGCCGGCGCAAGAAGGCGGCAGGAGAAGAACCGGUAGUGUAAAAAGUGUUUGUGUUUGGUCAUGCAGUGAUCAGGUUGUUGGACAAAGAGAAGACGAACUUGAUCAGUUGCCAAAGUGUGGUUAAGCUGCGCAACUUGUCCUUGGACGUCUUCUCACUUGCAGUGAUCAAGUGUGUGGAUCACUCUCUGCGUGGUGUGUAAGCGGUUUGAAAAGUUGGUUAAGCGCGUCCUCG